AUGUCAAGCCAAGGUGGUCCGGAGGGCGAGAGUGCCCUCCGCCUCCGGAUCACCCACAUCAUGACCUCGCAAGCGCCGCCCCUCGCCUCCCUCCGCUCCGACUACGUGCCGCCGACACUGCCCACAGCGGUGCCGCCAGGCGUGGUUCCCUCCUCCUUUCCAGUCCUCCGCAUUUUCGGGACAACGACCUCAAGACAGAAAGUCUGCGUCAACGUCCACCUGGCUUAUCCCUACUUCUACGUCCCCUUUCCGAUGGACAGCCUCGAUCCACUGCGGCCAGAACGCGUCGUUCGCCUGUGCCAGCGCUUCGCCGUGUCCCUCAAUCAUGCCAUUUGUCUCGCGCUCCGCCAAAACCCAACAGGUCCGGCCGCCAUGACAAACUUCGCCGGUGGAACCGACCCGCGCCACCUCCAUGUUGUCAGCGUGGUGCUCGUGAAGGGCGUCCCAUUCUACGGCUACCACGUUGGGCACGCAUAUUGGCUCAAAGUGAGCCUCACUAACCCGGGAAGGGUGCGUGUAGCCGUUGAGCAGCUGCACAAACCUGUCGUGCUCGGCAAGGUGUGGCAGCCGCAUGAAGCACACCUCUCCCACGUCCUCCAGUUCAUGUGCGACUUUGACCUGUACGGGUGCGGCUUCCUCGAUUUGAGCGGGGGCCAGUUCCGCCAGCCUCUUCCCGAGCCAGGAGAGGAAGAGCCCUCGGGGUGGCUCACGUCCGAAUCCAUACCCGUGCACAUGGCGUAUCCGCCUAAUUUGUCGCCACCGCGCGACACUCGCACUGCGCUCGAGCUGGAUGUGCUGCCACAUCACAUCCUGAACCGGCAUCGCUUGGCUCAGCGGGAGUUGCACCACGACUUUAUCGAGCUGCUCCACCAGCCCCUGCAUCCCGAAGAGAAGCUCGUGCCCGCCAUGAAGGAGCUGUGGGAGGAUGAGCGACGGCGCCGCUUGGCCAAAGGGCUGGGGACGUCGGAGGGUGCCAUGCUCCCCGUCUCUGGUGGAGGCCGAGGGCGAAGCAUGGCCGAGUUGGGGUACAAGAUCGACGGAGAGGAAGGGGAGAAUCGAGGUGGCGACUGGAAGAUCUCGGAGGAGCUUUGGGCGAUCCUAGAGGAGCGAAUGGCGGCCGAACGUCGUCGUCGGGGCCGGCUUACGUUUGACCAGGUCAGCCGCGCACUGCGGACGGGCACGAACGGCGAGCGAAAGAAGUACGACCGGUGGAUUAUGACGGCGUUUGAGGCCGUAUCAGCUGGGUGGCCUAAACGCGCGACGCAGCCUCGAAGAACACAGAAGCGCAGCUCGCCACCAAACUCCCAGGCCCCUCCCUCCCCUCCGCCUGAGGAAGAGAUGGAACAUAACCCGUUCGAGUUUGCCACUCAGGCAUCGCAGGAACAUGUCGAGGUGGAGGUCGAUGCCGCCGAGGUUCAGGAAGACCACGAAGAGGAGGCGGAGCCCGGCGAAAGACAGCAUCUCGCCGCGGUCCGCGAAGCGGAAGCCUUCCGCGCGACGCAGGCCGCGAUAGGAGACGAUGACAUCACGCGUUUUCUGAAGACGCAGGCUGGUGGAUCGCCCAGCCGUGCAUCGACGCCGUCCCGCGCUGGCUCGAUCACGGCGGGAAAUACGAGAUCUGGGAGCUCUGGAACAACAUCGCGCCGCCGCGCCGUCGAGGAAGCGGGCUUCGGCGACUUGAGCAGUCUAGCUUUGUCAUCUUUCCGCCUAUCCUCGGCAUCGUCAAACCCCUUCGCGCCGAGUACGCCUACUCGUGCUCCUAACGAGCAGCAGAGCACCCCGCGGUCUCUCGUGCGCGAUUUCUUUGCCCGUCACUCGUCACCCCUGUCGACGCCCACCAAGCCGCGAUUGUCGCCCAACACCGUCGUGCUUCCCGCUUCGAAGCGAUCGUUCACGAAGUGGACGCCGAGCCCGCAGGAGGCGGAACCCUCCAGUCCUCUCCGCCAGGAAGAGGAGGUAGACAUGCCAUUGCUCACCGAGAUCAAGGUGCGACGCGCGCCUGAACUUCCGCCGCCCAAUGCGCAACCUUCACCGCUCCUGCCCAGUUCGAUACGCAAGCACGGCAUAUCACCAACCCUGGUGACACGCAGACCUGGACCCUCGCCGACCAUGCUAAACGAGGCGGACGCCACGCCGACGCAGCGGCCGAAGAAACGCGUCCGCCUGUCCAGCCCGACCCAGCCCUUUGUUAUUGACCCCUCUCAGUCCUCCAAGCCGGCCAGCGGCGGUGAGACCUCCAACUCGUCCGCCCCUGACCUCGCCAUGGACGCGUGGGUGUUCUCCGACCCACCUCCAUCAAAUAAACAUGUUGUCGACACGAUGUCGACCUAUGGCCUCGACACGGUCGAGUACCCCAGCCCGUUUUACUCAAACCCCGCAGAUGUUCCGCCGCGACCCAAGGCGUUUGCCGGCCGCGUGUUCAAUGUCAAGACCGACACCGUGAACGACUUGAUGCCGUUUGAAGGCGACGCCACACCGCGCCCCUGGCUGCGCACACGCAAGGCCAUGACCGGUCGCGCCAAAUUCGGGUGGGAGUACGGCGCUCCGCCUCCCUGCAGGCGCGUCGUGCUGGAGUGGUGCGCGAAGGAGGACGCAGAGGAGGCCAGGAUCAAACUUGCCGCCUCGCAGCUUGCGGGCCCGACGCAGAAGAACAAGUACGGGUUCAAACUUACGCAAAGGAGCACACGGCGCGAGCAGCAGAACAUGAGUGUCUUGCUGCUCGAAGUAUUUGCUCCCUCCCGCGGCCAGCUUCUUCCCGAUCCCGCUGAGGACGAGAUGGCAGCUGUUUUCUUCUGCUUCCAGAAUGAAGACGAGACGCUGCCAGACACUGUGAAUCAUACUGGGUACCACGCCGGCUACGUGCUGGUGGAGAGUGAGCAGACGGCUGAGCGGCGCGCGCGCCUCGACGGUAUCCCCUGCCACUAUGUUGAGAGUGAGCUCGACCUGAUCAACUGGGUUAUAGACAUCGUGCGCGAAUGGGACCCUGACGUGCUGGCCGGGUGGGAACUGCACAACGCGUCGUGGGGAUACGUUGCGGCACGCGCAGCACAGGGCUUUGGGACCGAUUUCGCCGACGACAUCUCGAGGCUGAUCUCAACCUCUGGGCCUGCCAGGAAGGACGCGUAUGCCGAGCAUCACACGAGCGCAUUCAAGGUUGCGGGGCGGCACGUGAUAAAUAUCUGGCGCAUCCUGCGCUCAGAAGUUACGCUGAACGCCUACACUUUCGAGAACUGCGUCUUUCACGUGCUGCGGCAGCGCGUGCCGCAUUACACGGCCGGCGCGCUGACGGCUCUGUGGCGCAGUAAGACGCCGGCGCACACGGCUCGCGUACUGGGCAUAAUGUUCCAGCGCGUAGUGCUCUAUGCGGAGCUCAUUGACUCAGCAGAAGUGGUGUCCAAGAACGCCGAGUUUGGGCGGGUCUUCGGCGUCGACUUUGACGCGGUCGUCUUCCGGGGCUCGCAGUUUAAGGUCGAGUCGUUUCUCUUCCGCCUCGCUAAGCCCGAGAGCUUUAUCCUCGUUACGCCCAGUCGCGCCCAGGUGGGCCUGCAGAACGCCCCUUUCGCGGUGCCGCUCAUCGCGGAGCCCGAAAGCAAGUACUACUCGCACCCGGUGAUCGUGCUCGACUUUCAGAGUCUGUACCCGUCAGUCAUGAUCGCGUACAACAUCUGCUACUCGACAUGCCUGGGGCGGGUGGAGAAGUUCAAGGGCACAGACAAGUUCGGCUUCUCCGAGCUCAAAGUCUCGGAUGGCAUGCUGGAGCUGUUGAAAGACUAUUUGACGGUCACGCCGAACGGGAUGGUGUUUGUUAAGCCGGCCGUGAGGAAGAGCCUGCUCGCGAAGAUGCUUGGUGAGAUCCUCGAUACGCGCGUGAUGGUCAAGCAUGCAAUGAAGGGCGCGCGGGGCGACAAGCCCCUGAUGCAGCUACUUAAUGCGCGCCAACUUGCACUCAAACUCAUGGCCAACGUGACCUACGGCUACACGUCAGCCACGUACUCUGGGCGCAUGCCGUGUGUGGAGAUCGCCGACUCGAUUGUGCAGACAGGCCGCGAGACUCUCGAGAAGGCGCAAGAACUCAUUCACUCUCGCCCGGAGUGGGCCGCGACCGUGGUGUACGGUGACACGGACAGUCUGUUCGUGUCUCUUCCCGGCCGAUCGAAAGACGAAGCCUUCAAGAUCGGGCACGACAUCGCGGACGCAGUCACGGCUCUAAACCCGAAGCCUGUCAGGCUCAAGUUCGAGAAGGUCUACAUGGGCUGCAUCCUGAUGGCGAAGAAGCGCUACGUAGGGUUCAAGUACGAGCACCCGGACGAGACGGAGCCCUCGUUCGACGCGAAGGGGAUCGAGACGAUCCGGCGCGACGGCUGCGCGGCGCAAGCCAAGCUCGAGGAGGUGUGCCUCAAAAUGCUGUUCCGCGGCAACGACUUGAGCGCGAUCAAAGCGUACUGCCGGGGCGAGUGGGCCAAGAUCCUCGCCAGCCGCGUGUCCGUGCAGGACUUCAUCAUCGCGAAGGAGGUGCGGCUCGGCACGUACUCGAGCAAGGUGCCGCCGCCGCCGGGCGCGGCGGUAGCCUUCCGCCGCAUUCUGAAGGACCCGCGCGACGAGCCGCAGUACGCCGAGCGCGUGCCGUACGUCAUCAGCAACGCCGAGGGGCGGCGACUGAUCGACCGCGCGCGCACGCCCGAAGAGAUGCUCGCGUCGCGCGCCCUCGGCAUCGACGCAGAGUACUACAUCCGCAACAUGCUCAUCCCGCCGCUCGCGCGCAUUUUCAACCUUGUCGGCGGCGACGUCGAGCAGUGGUACGACAGCAUGCCGCGCGCGCGCGCGGCCAAGCGCUAUGGCGGCGCGGCGGCGCGCAUCGAUGCGCACUUCGCUUCCUCGCACUGCCGAAUUUGCGCGGCAGAGGGCGGGCCGGUGUGCCGCGCGUGCAGGGACGCGCCGGACGAGGCCGCGUACUCCCUCCUCGCGAAGGAGGGGGACGUGCAGCGCCGCGUGCGUGACCUGCAUUCUGUUUGCGCCAGCUGCUCAAGCAUACCCCCCGGCGAGACGAUGCUGUGCGACUCGAUCGAUUGUCCCAUAACGUACGCGAGGGUCGCGGCGGAGCGCGAUGCCGCGGACGCUGCUGAGGCGCACGCUUUGCUCGCCCAGCUCGAAUGGUAA